AUGAGAAACGGUACAAUUAAACAUCAAUUAUCUUUAGUACUUUUAUUGCCAUUAAUGUAUUAUUUAUUAAAUUUGGUUGCUGAUCCAUUGGAAUCAUUAUUACAAAAUCAACUUGCAGUUUGGCUUGUACCUAUUCUAUUAAAAGAAAAGCAUAUAUUUACAUUAUGUUUAUGGGUAUGGUUGCGAGUUUAUCAAACAAUAAAUGCUCAUAGUGGUUAUGAUUUACCAUAUAUAAGUAUACAAUAUUAUUUUCCUUGGUUAAUGUCUGGUACAUUACAACAUGAUUAUCAUCAUCAACAUGCAAAAAUGAAUUAUGGAAGUUUUUUUACAUUAUGGGAUAGAUUAAUGAAUACCCAUAGAUUACAAAAAGAUGAUUAA